GUUUCGCUUUAGUGUUUGAUUUACUUUUUCAGGCGUCGCGUCUCCUUCAUCCUCCAGUUCAUCCUCCUGCUCUUCUUCCUCCUGCGCUCCUGGAAACUACAAAUCUAACAUCACAAAUAAAAAACUGCAGAUUAAAGAUAUUUACUGGCGUCUCAUGUCGCAGUUCCGGGCCGGAAUUCCUCUUAGGCUGGAGAGUUAAAGGAAUCGUUUUCCAUGAUGAGGCUCGAUUCUGGACUGAUCGUGGUUUCGUUCCUCAUCUUUUCAUCACCAGCAGCUGUUGGUCUCUAUGCUCCUCAUCAACCCCGACUCACGAGUUGUCGCUCGCCUGAGAGGGAGACGUUUACGUGUUGGUGGGAGCCGGGUGACGAUGGAGAUCUGAACACCACCUACGCUCUCUACUACCACCUGGAGGGGUCAGAGAAGGUGUACGAGUGUCCGGAUUAUAAGACGGCUGGACCCAAAUCGUGUUUCUUCAACAAGAGCGACACGUCGCUGUGGGUGUAUUAUAACAUCACCGUGGUGGCCACAAACUCCGUGGGCACGAGUGUCUCCGAGCCCGUCGUGGUGGACGUCGCCUACAUCGUUCAGCCCAACACUCCGGAGAGUGUGAAGGUGGAGGUGAUGGAUGAUGGUGAAUUUAAAGCUCCGUUCCUGUGUGUGACGUGGGAGAAGCCGCAAUCUGCAGACACUCGCUCUGGCUGGAUCACACUCGUCUACCAGCUCCGCAUUAAACAGGCCAAAGGCGACACCUGGGAGGAGUACGAUGCUGGCAUGCAGAAAUACUACAACGUCUUCAGCCUGCUUUCAGGUAAAGAGUACAUGGUGCAGGUUCGCUGUAAACCAGACCACGGCUUCUGGAGCGAAUGGACGAGUCCCGUCUACGUGCAGAUGCCUGAGUACUUGGACAAUGAGCGCUCUGUGUGGAUCCUGGUGGUGGUUUUCUCAGCCUUCGUCCUCCUCAUCCUCACCUGGACCAUGACCCUUAAGCGGAACAGUGUGAAACGCUGUCUGCUGCCUCCUGUUCCCGGCCCCAAAAUCAAAGGCUUUGAUCAACAGCUGCUCAAAAGUGGGAAAUCAGAGGAAGUAUUCAACGCGCUGGUGAUCCACAGUUUCCCGCCAACCAACUACGAGGAGCUGCUAGUCGAUUAUCUGGAGGUUUACGACGAUGACGAGAAACACGACUUGGUUUUGAACUCCAAAGAUCCGCCUGUGGCAUCAGUGAAGCCCACGAGCACGUCAUCGGAUAGCGAUUCGGGCCGGGGAAGCUGCGACAGCCGAACCCUGCUGAUAGACAAGAGCACAGAGGGAAGCAACGAGGGCGGAGCCAAGCAGCCUGCCUGGGUUUCCAUAGAGCCUGGUUCUCCGAUCAGAGAAGAAGGAAAAGCCCGGAUCUGGAAUAACGUGUUCUCAUCACCUCAGCUACACCCUGAGCACCACUAUUAUCAACAGGAUCUCUAUUUACAGCAGCUACAGGACACCAAAUGUACCUAUCACAAUGUUCCAGAGAUUUCCUGCAUCUCCUCAUCCGUCCAAAUCAGCAGAACUCCUGAGAAACGGCUCGAAGAGCUUCUGAUCAAACCUCGAGUCUGUGGAUACACUCAGACCGACAGCACGGAUGCCGUCGAGCCCCGGUCCACAGAAUCCCAAACCACGGAAUACGUAGAGGUGCAGACGGUCGAUCAGGAAAACGUCCUCCAUGUCCAACCGCUCACUGACCCCGAGGAGCGAAGUCAGGAACUUUCAGACUCCUCAUCCGGGGAGAAUUACAGCAAGGUGCGAGAUGUGAUCUCAGAUAAUCUGCUGCUGCUGCAGAGGGAUCUGAGUAGGGUACCGCAGCAUUCUGGGGAUUGCCAAUGCCAAACACUUCAGCAGGAGAACCAUCAGACGUGUAAACCCAACACCCUCCUGUCCCCGUCCUCCAUUUUGCAGCUAGGGAACGGAUAUGUCGACUCAACCAUGAUGAUCUCCUAACAUCUCUGUUUGUUGAUGUCCAAUUUGACAGGGACGAACAUAAGAGCUUUCAGGGAUGAAUCAUGGGACAGGGAAUCUAAAUCUCCUAAGGACCAGCGGUUCUGAAAGUUCACGGGAGGUUCUGAGGAGGUAUGACGGAGCCCUGUGGGAGAACGUCUGUGCUGCAGACUCGGAGCUCAUGUUGAAUGUUCUGAUUCUGCUGGGUUGGUAAAGAGACAAAUUGAACUGCAAUAACAAAUCCAAGGUUCUUUCAUAGCGGAGAAUCGUGCAGGAGGUGACCAUCUGAAGUUUUAGCGAUGUUAAUGAUCCUGAUUUUUAUAUCUGACCUCGAUCUGUUAGCAAGUUAUUUUCCUCGAGACACUACAGGGUGAGCUGGGAAAUUAAAAAAAAAAAAAUUGUCAGUUAUCACCAUUAAUCUUCACCAGUUUGCUGAUAUUCUUAACUAUAAAUAUUUUUUGUAUUGGAACCUUUUCAUAAAUGUCCACUUAUUUAUACAAAUGAGGCUUUGUUUAAUUAAAUAUGCAUAUAUACCACCGAAUCUGAAACGAUACGAUAUGAUGCGAUACGAUACAGAUUAUUAUCAUCAGAUUGAUAUGUGACCAACUUUGUUCAGAAUCUGGGGUAAGAUUGCUGUUAAUUCAUGAACAAUGAUGACAUAAAGAAGGACUAUUUUUAAAAAGUGACAGAGUUACGGCCAAAUCACCUUGCUAGCGUAUGAAAGUAUAAUUAAUUUAUUUUUUUUUAUUUCACCAUGACUCUCCAGAGAAAGACAAACUUUUGUUAAUAAAUUGGAAUAAAAAAUUUUCUUUUCUUAUUGUUUGAACCAAGAAAGUACUGUACUGUUAUAAUAAUACUGUAAUACCUUUCUAAACAAGAAGAGGAAUGAACAUCUCAAUUUUGUCAUUUCAUACAGGUCAUCUAGAACACGUUUGUGAUUUUUGGUUCUGAGUUGAUGGAAAUUUAUACCAUAAUGACACAUAAAUUGCGAUAUAUAUAUAUAUAUAUAUAUAUAUAUACCAGAAAAAGGAGUAUAUAUCAGAGAUAUAUGGCAUGGCGUGAUUGUGAAGUGGGCGGAGCUUAAAGACUUAUUCCUUAUUAUUAGACAUUAAGUUUAAGAUGAUGCGGUGGUCACGAGUGGAUGAAUCAGUGAAAUAAACAUAUUUCUGUUGAUUUUUUGAUAUUUUUAUUACUAUAGUUUAACAGAAUAUAUGUUGUAAAUACAAUUUGUACAAAAACCUGAUCUGAAAAAUGAUCAUUUCUACCUGUAGUGUCUUGUGUUAAUUGGUCAUGUGUGUAUAAAAUGUUGGAGAAGUUCUAAAGCUCCUCCGACACUGUGUAUAAUAUUAUUUAACUUUAAACACCAACAAUGCACUUCAUUAGAUUCUCUUCUGUUUCAUCUACUGGGGAAAAUUCUCAUUUUAAUAACAGUGAGGUUUUAAUGGGAGUGAAACUUGAUCUUGAGGAGAUCUGAUUGUGUUUUAGGAAACACAUGGCACUUAAAGCGUCUGGGUUUUCUCCUGGAGCUUCUUGUUUUGUGGUCAGAACCUGAAUCACUGUCCAUUUGCACUGGAAUGUACACCAAUGUCUGUUUGUUUUCAUUUUCAUUUCUGAUGGAGUUCAUAUCACACUAACAUUUCAGUCAUCUGAAGAUCAUUUGAUCCAUCAGUGAUCAGUGACCCAGCUGGAGAAAAUGGUUUUAGCUUCCAAAAAAGUUUUUACUCUGAACCCUUUCAGAUAGUGAGACACACCCUCUAUAGGUGUUUUCCUAUUUAUUUUUUCUUUUUUUUUUUUUAGGUACUUUUUUGUCCCUCUUCACUCCAUCACUGCUAUAGCUGUCUAUCGUCUUGUAACCGCAGCUAGUUUUUGCACAAAUCUUGAUAAAUCAUGAGGUUUAUACUUCAUAACCAUAGUAGAGGUGGGCGAUAUGACAAAAAAUAUCAUAUCACGAUUCUCAAAGACACUUCUACGAUACACAACAUAUAGGACUGCUAAGAAAAAAAAUCUUAGCAGUCCUAUAGGAGCAUUUUUUAAAACCUAAUAUUUUAUUUAAUGUCUUCAAAAAUAUUUUUUUUUAUAAAUAAAUUAAAAAUACUGAAAAUGGGGGGAAAAAUCUGUACAUUUUUUAACACGUCUUAUUAUUAUUAUCAUUAUUAUUAUUUUAAAAUGAUACAUUUCAGUAAAAGAGAUCACAGUACCACUGUAAGUCUCUUGUGAAACGACACUAAAAGUUAAUCUAAGAUUAAUAUAAAUUAUCUGUGACUAUUUUGCCUUACUGUAUGUAUAGAAAAUGGAGUUCGAGAGCAGCUAGGUGAUAUUUUAGAUUAAAUAACUCUACUUAAAACUAAAGAGGUAGCUAGAGAGAGAAUGUUAGCUAUGCUAGCGUUGCUUCUGGAUGGUUUAUAAGGAUUAUAAAUAAGCCUCUUUUGGCUCACUUGCAUCUUCGGGCCUAAUAAAACUAUAUUUUUUAAGUGGGAUAGAAAAACAAUGAUGUGUACUAUGGAUAUGUUUGUGUUCACAUGUAAAGCUCUAACAUACCCGUCAUGACCAGAACCACAGAUAAUCAUUUAACGGUUAUUAUAGUUGUUAUUAAUUAUUAUUUACAGUAGAGAGUAGAUCUAAAACACAUGAAAUCCACUCAUUUGAUUUGUGAUUAAUGAAAAUGCAUCAUGUGCAGUGUUCAGGAUUUGAUGUCAUUCAGGUUGUUAUAUUAAUUGAACAUAGAAAAUAAUUUGUUGUUUGGAUUUAUGGAUUAAUUUUACAUUAACGACAUGAAUACCCAAAGAUCAAAUGAUCACCACAUGGACACUUUCGGACUGAAAAUGCUGCUUUUUCUGAAAAUCCCUUCACUGACUGAAGCCAGAAGUUUGUUAUUUCAUUGCCGUGUGUGUUUUCUCACUUCUCUUUGCUUGCUCAAGGCCUCAACCCUCUUAAACACACUUAAACACACUCCUGACUGACAGUGUUGGUCAGAGAAUCUUCAUAAAUUGCACUGUUCAGGAUGUAAUAUUCAUUUUUAGUAAACGCAGAGUCUCUGGACAAGCUGUUGUGACUCCUGUGAUGUUACUGAUAUAUAUAUAUAUUUUUUGAAUAGCACAAAGUGAAAAAAAUAAAAUAAAAAAGUCAGUAUAUUACAGUGUGGCCUCCUGCUUUUUCAGAAUAAAAUCAAAGCCCAUGUUGCAGUUGAACUUCUUGGGUCUUUUCACUGACUCGAAUCAUUUGAAUCACUCCGCUAAAUGAUUCAUUCAGAUUUUUUCAGUUGCUAAAGCAGACAACAAACAGACUUGAGUCGUGUAAAAUAGCUAAUAAUCAUUGCUAUUUGCUGUUUAUUUUAUAAUGUGCUUGUAUGUCUGUGUUUUGAAGCAUUGUUUUUCACGCCUGGACCAACACACACUACU